CCCCUUGUUUGGAAGUUCCUGUUGAUUUAAAACAAAAAAGGGACAAGGGGUGUAUGUUUGAACUGGUAAAUCACGGAUUCCUUUCGGACUUUCUUAAUUAGUUUUGCCUGAAUUUAUUAUUGAUAGUUUGAAGUAUUAGUCAAGGGAAGUAAAUCAAAAUGGCAGACAGCGAUGAUGAUUACGACAGAAGAAAAGGGCGAGACAAAUUCCGAAGAGAAAGAAGUGAUUACGAACGACGAGAUGACCGUCGACGAGAAUCGUGGGAGGACAGAAGGGGCAUGCGGGGCAAUCAGUCGUUUCCAUCUGUUAGCAGUCGACAGAAUGUUCGCUCUAGAGAAAUCUGGAAUAACAGCCGAAACACACGAGACAGGAGGGAGAUGUAUGGGCGUGAGCAGUACGAGUCUCGCCGGCGAGAGCGCUUUAGUCCUCCACGACACGAGAUGGGACAUCAGGUUAAGCGGAUGAGGCGGGAUUGGGAUGACAAUUACCAACAGUAUGAUAUGCAGUAUGGAGGAGGGCGGGGUGGUGGCCCUGGCCAUAUGCCCAUGGGGGGUAACGGUGGGCCUGGUCAUCACCCUGGGUGGGGUCAUGGAGCAGCACAUGAUAUGGGCGGAGGUAUGCCACCUCAUCAAGAGUUUCCUAUGUCUGGAGGGCCCAAUAGAAAUGAACCAGACUUUCCUACUCAGCCUCCAUUGUUGACCUUCAAGCAGUACCUCACACAACAAGAUGAUGCAAUUAGCGAAGAAGACGCCAUCAAACGUUACAAUGACUACAAGAUUGACUUCAAGCGGCAGCAGAUCUCAGAGUUCUUUCUCACACAUAAAGAAGAAGAAUGGUUUAAAUCGAAGUACCAUCCAGAAGAGUAUGCCAAACGACAGGAAGAGAUAAGAGCCUCUCUACGAAACCGGCUGAAGGUGUUUUUGGAGUUGCAGAGUGCAGGCCGCUUCAACAAUGUUUCUGUGGAUGUUGACAAGACAGAUGAAAUGCUCAAAGUCCUUGAUGCAGCUGUGAUCAAGAUGGAGGGCGGAUCAGACAUCGACCUUACAGUCCUCGAUCAACCUGCAGAUAAGGAUGAAGGGGUUAUGCGUAACUCCAUGUCUGAAAGCCAGCCUCUUGAAAAAAGCCCUGAGAAAGAGAAAAAGGAGGAGACAGAAAAAAAAGAAGCAGAAAAAGAGCCAGAGAAAAUCACAGAUCAGAAGCCUCUGGAGUUGGCCAUCACACCUGAGCAAGAGGAACUACAGUGGAAGGCUCGUGAAUACCAAGAAGAACAAGAGCGUAGUGCUGAGCAAAAAAGAAGAAAUAAAAGAAAGAAGAACAACAGGGAAAAAUCUGAAUACAGCUAUGAAAGUGAGUCUGAAUCGGACAGUGGAUCAGACUCUGACCUCGAACCUGCGCCACCAGUAGAGUGUCCCAUGGCAGGACUAGAGGAUGAACCCUUGCCGCCUGGAACCGAGUCUGUAGCAGGAGCUGCAUCAUCUGCCUCAGCAUCUGGUGCCAAUGGAGCAGAGAAAGAAGCUGGGAAGGUGGCUGGUGAGAAGACAGAAAGCUCCAGGAAAGAAGGCAAAAAAAGAGAUGGAGAUGAGGAGAAAGAUGUAAACACACGACCUGAUGAUGACCACGACAUAAACCAACCUCGGCCACUUCACCGAACCAACUCCAUCUUUCUGCGCAACCUAGCGCCUACCAUCACUAAGAUGGAAGUGGAAGCUAUGUGUCGCCGAUACCCUGGCUUCAUGAGGGUGGCCCUACAGGAUCCCCAGCCUGAGCGUCGAUUCUUUCGUCGUGGCUGGGUAACUUUUGCCAAAAAUGUGAACAUCAAAGACAUCUGCUGGAACUUGAACAACAUUCGGCUUCGGGAUUGUGAAUUGGGAGCAACACUGAACCGAGAGUUGAAACAACGUGUACGGCCUGUAAAUGGAUUGACAGUACACAAAGCUGUGGCUCGCAAUGACAUUAAGCUAGCAGCUCGCAUCAUCCAGAACUUGGACAGAAAGUGGGGCUUGUGGGUUGAUGAAGAUGAGGAGAAAAAGGAUGAGGAGAAAGAGCAGCGAAUGUCCUUCAGUUUUGUUUCCAACAACCCAGUCCUCCAAAAUAUUACUGACUAUCUUGUGGAAGAAGGCAGCUUUGAAGAGGAUGAACUUUUAGGAAAUGCUGGCGAGGUGAAGGAAAGUAGUUCUGAUUUAACAGUGGAGAGAGAUGACAACAUGCUAAAGGUUUUAGAUCGCAUGAUUUUGUAUCUGCGUAUUGUACAUUCCAUUGACUACUACAGUGCCAACGAGUAUCCCAAUGAGGAUGAAAUGCCUCACCGCUGUGGAAUUAUGCAUGCCAGGGGCAUGGCACCUGGUCCAACAUCCAAAUUGACACAGACUGAUGUGUCAGAGUGGAUAACCAGCAUGGAAAACAAGCUGAAGCCCUUCUUGGAGGUGUCAAGCAAGAUUAGUGAAGAGGAGGCCUUGAAGUUGGGCAUGAAAAAUCCUGAGAAAGAAGUUGAAAAGUUUGUGAUCGCAAACACCCAGGAACUGGCCAAAGACAAGUGGCUGUGUCCACUAAGUGGCAAGAAGUUCAAAGGGCCCGACUUUGUGCGCAAACAUAUUUUCAACAAGCAUGCUGAAAAAAUCGAGGAGGUGAAGAAAGAGGUGGCCUUCUUCAACAAUUAUUUGAUGGAUCCCAAGCGUCCAUCACUGCCUGAGCAUCCCAGCAAUCGGUCUUCAGGCCAAAACCAAGGAAACCAGUUUGGAGGAGGUGGUGGAGGUGGUGGUGGUGGUGGUGGUGGUGGUGGUGGUGGUAUAAUGCCAUCUAUUCCUGCACAACCUCCUUCUUUGGUGGGCUACAAUCAGCGAACCCCACCUAUGAUGUAUGGAGGGAACAUGCCACCCUUUGGUGGGCCAGCUUUUGGAGGCCGGGAUAACAGAGACUAUGGCAGACCACCAAGUGGAGGUGCACGACCAUUUGGGCGUAGAAGUGAUCCUCGACCAAUUAUUGAGUACAGAGAUCUGGAUGCUCCAGAGGACAUGGACAUUUUCUGAGAUUUUCAAAUGACAGCUACAGCUUUGUACUUGAAACAGAUUGCAGCAAAAGGGAAACUGUUGGCAGACAUUGCAACCAAAACUGUAUUGCAUUUCCCAAAGAGGCAGCACACAUCUGAAUUCUGAGCAUUGUUGCAUUAAUGCCCCAAAGAGUUUUGAACACAGUCUGUUCAUUAUUUACUUCUUUUUUUUUUUUUUUUUUUUUUUUUUAAUGGAAGCGAACAGCUGCCAUUUGUAUGUGUGGUUAGAUUUUGGUAAAGAUGACAGACAAGACUGGCGAUAAGACAGAACAUGGAAGUAUGGGCUUGAUGUUACAGGAAGGAGAGAAGGGUGUGACGGGCUGCUAGAAGUCACCGGACAGAAAAUGUUGAGCAUCAACCUUGCCAAGUAGAUGUCAGUUUUUAAUCGAGAUGCAUUAACACCUGUCACUUACCUGAAACGUCUUGUCUUUUUCUUUUACUAUGUGAAUUUUUAUGUGCAACAAACCUAAUGUGAGAUUGCCUAAACCAGUUGGAACCACACUGCCUGAUUGCUGUGUAGGUGCAAGGAGAGCUUGCAAACAUGAUAAGGAAAUUAUACCAAGAUGCAGAAACAAUAUACAUUUUAAUGGGUAAUUUGUUUAACAAAAAUAAAAAUGUCUUGUACUUUUCAUUCUUGGCAGUCUUCUCAGAAUUGUCAAGACAUAUCUCAAAACAUUGUCAUGCUCGUUGUACAUAGUGAUGUUAAGUUUUAUGUUCUCUCCCUCGAAUAUCCAUGUUGCAUGCAGUCAGUCACUUUUAUUGACUCAUACAUUUCAGAAUGGUGUAAAUGUUGGCUGUUGUUUUUUUUUUUUUUUUUCUUUUGGCAAUGAAGUGUUCAACACUCUUUCCUUCAAGGAUUUUGCAGCAAUAUUUAGAGACAUUCCUUUCUUUGUCAGAAUAAUUUGAGUGGCCACGAGUUUAGUUUACACAUUGCCAUUCAAUAUUUAUUUUUUAUCUUUAAUGUGUUGACAAAGAACCCAAAAUUUUACUAGCUGAUUGCAGAAUCUGAAAUAUGCGCCACUGUAGAAAUUUAUUUUUGACAGAUUUAUCCGUAGUCAAAAUCAUGAGUUCGUCAUGAGAGGUACUUCCUCCUGUUACACUUGGAAAAAUAUCAUGAGCAAUGGAUUGAAUUUAGUGUUUUCUGCUUUCCUGACACCUAGUCCCAUAUCUUGUUAGUAAUGAAAGUAAGUUUUAAAAGUACAAAACUAACAACCUUCUCAGGAUGGUUUGUGGGAAAAAAGGACUUUAUGCACAAAGCUUGGAUGAGAAAAGCUACAUCUGGCCUUAUUGUAUGGUUAUGUUAAUAUUUAUCUGCCCUUUAUGGUAAAUGUAUUGCUUGGUGUCCUUUUGUUAUUGAUCACAUUUUUAUGAAAGUGGCUGUACUAAAGAAAAAAAAAUGUUGACGUACAUUGUAUUUACACGGGUAGGGGGAGGGGGGGGAGUGCAAAGCAAUGAAAAGAAGCGCGGUUCUAUUCAGUUAAUCUCAUCCUUGCUGUGAAACUUUUUAAUGAUAUUUCUGAAGCAAGAAUGUUUCCAGUCUCUUGCACUCAAGCAUAGCUGAUUCUAUUUGUAAUUGAAUAUACUAUGUUCCUAAGCUAUCUUAAUUUGUAAAAUAAACCGUUUGAUCUGAUGUGGAGGUCGUCUUUGUCAGUUGACGAUCAUCUUAGACGAAUUUGAAUUUAAAGUGGUCUGACAGGUUUUGGAAAAAAGUGUUUCUUUUCACCAUCAAAGGGUAUGCAAGUCUUUAUUAUUAUUUUCAUAUCGUUAUCAUUGUUUAUCGGUGUGUCUGAUGAUGUGUCGUGUACGGUUACAUGAGCUCUGCUUGGCGUUUAUGAUUGAAUUAAACGGCUUCCUUGCA